GGAGUACCAGGGCCAGGAAAAUAUGACAUUAAGAGUCAAUUUCAGAAGAAUAAAAGUACGAAAUCAAAUGUAAAUGAUGCAUCACCUGCUUUUCUUUCUCAAUCCAAGAGGUUUGUCCCUAUGAAAUCAAUCACUCCAGCUCCUGGCACAUACAAUGAAUCUCGAACUGCUUUCAAGCCCUUGAAGAAAACAUUGGGAUUGAAAAAUAUCUCAUUUGGUCAAAGUGCUGCUCGAUUCACACAAGACUCUAAGACAGAGAAAAUGCCAGGUCCAGGGUUUUAUAAUAUUCAAAAUGAUACGUUCAUCGACAACUUUAGCCAUACCUCCUGGAAGAAACCAAAGAAAAGUGCAUUUGGUUCUUCUGUUCCUCGGACUCUAUUCCUGGUUCAGAAAGAAGUUUUUACUACUCCUGGGCCUGCUGAUUAUAAGGUCCCUGAAAUUUGUGAUGAACUACCCAACUUGACUAACCAAUAUGCUGCUUUCUUGUCAAGAACAGAAAGAACUACUAAAGUAUCAGAUGUGGGUGUUCCAGCACCAGGUGCCUAUGAUGUUCAAAAGUCCUAUGAGAUGUCUCAAAUUCAACAUAAAUACAUGCCACCUCGUACUUUAGCGGCUAGAAUAAAACAUGCCUCCUUUCUUAGCACAACACCUCGGUGCCUGGACAAAGUGGAUGAUGGGCCAGGGAGUAUUUCAUUUGGAUGGGAAGGUCGAGCAGGAUCUACAUUGUUAACAAGCACCCAGAUUAAGUUUAAUGCAAGACUGGACCUUUAA